AUGGAAGAGGUUCUGGAAAGACCUCUCCUUUUCCUCGAUUUUUUGAAGAAUCACGGCCUCAUGGAUCUGUGUGUUAUUGUGAAGGCACUUAAUUUUGAAAAAAGUUAUGAAGUAGUCAAAAGUUGCAGGGAGCAGUGUCGAGUCGGGUGCAAGGAUAAAAGAUAUGUAGUUGAAUAUAAGGAAGCUGGUAGGUAUGAACGGGCUAAUUAUGAGGAUCGAGAUACAGAAAAGGCAGUUGAAUUGUUCAGCUACAUUGGAGGAUUCAUGGGCUUAUGGCUGUCAAUAUCACUUGUUUCUCUCUUCGAUCUCGUGCAAACUAUGUUCUCCCUCUUCUUAUAUCCGAUGUUGCGUAUCAGCCGAAAAAACAAAGUUCACUCAAUGUAAAAAUUCACUUCAAACCAGAAAAAAAAAGACAUUGUGCAGAACAUGGACGGUAUGGAUUAUGGCAUUAGUAAGAAAAAACAACAGAAAUAAAGGACGAAGACUUGGUGUGAGAAUAGAAACUUGAACCAAAGAAUUAAUGAACUGCGAAAAUAUGUCCUUCUCAAUGACACUUUUACAUCACACUUGUAUGAUAGAUCACCAGACUAAUGAACAGACUUUUCUGCCGAGCAAUAGAAAAGUCAACGUAAGAGAAAAAAAAAUUUAAAAUUGAGAUUUUUGUAUAGUUGGUAUUUUUAUAUUAUAAGUUAUUUAUCACAAAACAUUUUUUUCACAAUAUUAAUUUUUGUUUAAGCAUCCUUUGAAAUACUAUUUUAGCGUUCACAGCAUUAGCAAAAGAAAGAAAAUAGAUGUCAAGCCACUUUUCUCCAAAUCAAGCGUGAGGCACUUACAUUACUUUUUUUCAAUUGCACGGCAGUUUUAUACUACAAAACAG